AAUUUUUAAAACCUAUUGUCCGCCUCUCCCUUCUGGGAGCGCCCUGUUUCAUUUCUACCAAAAAUUCGCAGCAAAUCGUCUGAAAAUCUGUAUUUUUGCGCUAUAAUCUCUCUUCAAUUCUCAAAGUUGUGUUUCAUUUGAUCUUGUUUUGAGCUUUUUCUUGUUUUUGAUUUCGUGUUCUGAAGAAUAUGAAUCUCCUCCUUCGCAUUCGCAUUCAGUUCUUGAGGAAUUCCAUUAACCAGCUCUGUAACUCGAUUCCAUCGAAUCCAUAUUUCGUUUGUCUCAGAAGAUUUUCAUUUCAUUCAUUGUUGUUGAAUACUGAUCAUGGUAACUUCAGCCAUAUUCUCCGUCUAUCUCAAAUCCAAAACUAUCCAGCUCCCGUCCUCUCUUUUACGAAAUUUUGUUUGAAUUUCUACUCUAAUAGGGCACCUUCAAGAUCCUUUAGGAGGAGAGCGAGUAAGAGAUUGAAAUCCAGAAUCAAACCUAAGCUGAACGAGGCCCAAUUUCAGCAGGCAAUUUCUCAAAUCCCUCCAAGGUUUAACUCCGAAGAACUCUAUAAUGUCAUUUCUGUUCAGGGAGAUCCUUUGGUGUGCUUUGAACUGUUCAAUUGGGCCUCCCAGCAGUCUCGUUUCAGACAUGAUGUUUCCACUUAUGAGAUUACAAUUAAGAAGCUGGGUGAGGCGAAAAUGUACGAAGAAAUGGAUAAUGUUGUGAACCAGGUGCUUGCUGUUCCUUCUAUUGGUUCUGAGACUCUUUACAAUACUAUGAUAUAUUUUUUUACUGAGGCAAGGAAGUUGACUAGAGCUAUCAAUAUAUUUAAGCAUAUGCAGAACAACAGAAACUUGAAUUGUAGGCCUUCAAUUAGAACCUAUAAUCUGCUUUUUACUGCAUUCUUGAGUCGGGGUCGUAAUGCUUAUAUAAAUCACAUGUAUAUGGAGACUAUUAGAUGCCUGUUCAGACAGAUGGUGAAUGAUGGCAUUGAACCUGACAUAUUUACUUUAAAUUGUAUGAUAAAGGGGUAUGUGCUAUCCCUUCAUGUCAAUGAUGCUCUCAGGGUCUUCCACCAAAUGGGUGUUGUUUAUAGUAGCCUCCCAAAUUCAUUUUCCUAUGAUUAUUUGAUUCAUGGGUUAUGCGCGCAAGCGCGAACGGAUAAUGCGAGGGAGUUGUGCAAUGAAAUGAAGGAAAAGGGGUUUGUGCCAAGUAGUAUAUCAUAUAAUUCAAUUGUUAAUGCUAUGGCUCUCAAUGGAGAGGUUGAAGAAGCAGUGAAUUAUUUGUGGGAGAUGAUUGGUAAUAGAAGGUCUCCUGAUUUUAUUACAUAUAAGACGGUAUUGGAUGAACUGUGCAGGCAAGGGAGGGUUGGAGAAGCCACGAGUUUGUUGAGGGAAGUGCAGGAGAAGGAACUUGUGGAUGGUCAUACUUAUAGGAAACUUCUCUAUGUGCUUGAAGAUGACUAUGGAAAUGUAAAUGGUGGAUGGCCAUGAUCUGGAAUCAUGGAUCGUGUGGUUUUUGAAGGUAGGAUGGACUCGUGACGUUUGAUAUCAGAGCCACGCUUUGUGUUUUAGUUGGAUCAAGCAGAUAGAAAAGCGGCCUGUCUUGAUUUCUCCCAGUGGUUGUUGUGUAUCAAUGGAAGGUUUACCGAUGCCAUUUGCUGAAAAGUUAGAAACCUAUGAUUUAUUCAGAUGCUUUACUUAAUUUAGUUAUAGAUCAAGAAGAUUCUUCUGGAGAAUCAUCAAUCAAUUGUGGCUACUAGGCUUAGAGCUGGUGCAUAUCUUUUCUUCAAGAGUUACAGCUGGUGCAUAUCUUUUGUGGCUACACGGCUUAAAAACGCUACAAAUAUUAGUCAAUCAGCGAGGUAAAAAGUCUAGCAGCUUCGCUCCUUCACCUAUUGGUAAAGUAACUUCGCUCCUCUCCUUUACGGUCUCACAAUUUCAUUGUCUGAACCUAUCGGUAGAGCAGCUUUGCUUCUUAGACGACACCUAUUUACCAAGAAAAAGAGAAAGAGAUAAGCUAUUCCAUUGUUUGAACUUAUCGGUAAAGCAGCUUUGCUUCUUAGCCGACACCUAUUUACCGAGAAAAAGAGAAAGAGAUAAGCUAUUCCAUUGUUUGAACUUAUUAGUAAAGCAGCUUUGUUCCUUAGCCGACUCCUAAAAGGAGUAAGAGAUAAGCUAUUCCAUUGUCUGAACCUAUUAGUAAAGCAGCUUUGCUUCUUAGCCGAGAAAAAAGAGUAAGAGUACGAGAAAAAGAGUAAGAGAUAAAAGCUUAUUGAGACUUCUUUAAUAGCUUACAAAUGCUUUUCUUCUCAACAACGUAACAACUUUUGAACAGUACUUGAAGCAGUGAAGCACUUGGACUUAGUUCAUGAAUCCAACUGUAUACUGCUGGUACAUUCUCACAUCCCUUCAUUUCUUUUCAUAUAAUAGGUGUAUUCUCAUGCGAAGCAGCCGUCUUUGUGGGACUUGAAUUAUAUGAUAUCUUCUCCAAAAGAAGCUCGUGAUCCCUUUAUGGCUUUUCCCCCCAUCAAGUUCAAGAUUCAAGAAUCCUAUCAAGAGCGAGAAAUAGAGCACGAGCAAGAUUGAGAAUGUGAGCGAGAUGACAAUGCACAAGAGAGAGACUGACAAAGCAUGGAUUGGCAAAGACGUCUAUUAUACUUUCACAUGUUGCUGGGUAUGAG